AUGGUGCUAGGAAAAGAAAACAAUGUCGAUAACACAGGAAUGAGAUUUGACAAACAAGCAAGAACCGCAUUAGCAUUUGUAACCCUAAGAGCCGAUGGAGAGCGUGAGUUCAUGUUCUUCCGCCAUCCAAGUGCCAAUAUGCUUCUCACGGAGGCAGAACUCGAUACAGAUUUGAUCCAAAAGAUUAGUGAAGAUGAAAUUGUGUUCUUGACUGAGGAUUUUCAUGGGAAAGUUGGUGGUGUUAAGGAUGAAAAGAAGCUAAGAGAUGCAUUGAGGUUUGCAAAUAUCUGUGGGGCCAUUACAGUUACAGAGAGAGGAGCGAUUCCAUCACUGCCUUCCAAGGAAGUUGUUCAUAAGAAGUUGGAGGAAUCCGAAAAUAAAUAA